ACGUUCGGGGUUUUGUCCCCUGUGAGCCCAGUGACAGUGUGGCCAGGGGCUGCUCACAUAACAGGGUCGGUCCUGGGUGCCCUGGGUGCUCCCCUGGGCAGCUUUGCUUUGGUUUUCACUCUGGUAGCCUUGCCCAGAGUUGCUGGAUUCUGGAUAUUUUGUGUGUGGGAGACUSGACUUAGGCAGCCCAAAGGGACAUUGAUCAAAAAGCUGCAGGAGCUUCUGUGAAAACCAUAGUGAAGACAAUGCMUUUAAGUUUACUGCGUUUAGUUGCAUCUGUGUGGAGAGAAGAGACUGCUAAACUUGGCAACUGAAACCAUUGCAAAUUGUACAGAACUCAGGAAUCCCCACCUGAAACUUUCUUGAUUCAUGGCGUGGCUUCUCCCACUGGCAAUGAGCAGUGCCGAGUUCCUUUUUUCCCUUUUUCUCUCCUCUGGCGGUUCCUGCUGCUGCUUCUCAAUGCUCUGUGUGUUCCGUGCCCGUAGCGCUCUGCCGAAAUGGCUGAUGAUAACGAGGAGCUGCAGGCAGAUGAAGAGGUGCCGGCUGCCGCCGAGGACAACUUUGAGCAGCUGGAGAACGACAGCCCCGCGGAGCGCAGCGGGCACGUGGCCGUCACCGACGGGCGCUGUAUGUAUGUCUGGGGAGGCUACAAGAACGCCCAAGUUAGGGGAUUUUAUGACUUCUAUCUGCCCAGAGAUGAAAUAUGGAUCUACAACAUGGAAACUGGGAGAUGGAAGAAAAGUAAAACAGAGGGAGAUGUGCCCCCGUCCAUGUCUGGAAGCUGCGCUGUGUGUGUGGACAGAGUGGUGUACCUGUUUGGAGGACAUCACGCACGUGGCAAUACAAACAAGUUCUACAUGUUAAAUUCCAGAUCCACGGACAAAGUGCUGCAGUGGGUCAGAGUAGAAUGUCAGGGGGUCCCCCCUUCAUCAAAGGACAAACUUGGCGUGUGGGUUUACAAAAACAAGCUAAUAUUUUUUGGAGGCUAUGGUUAUUUUCCUGAAGGGAAACAACGAGGAACUUUUGAGUUUGAUGAAACCUCUUUUUGGAACUCAGGUCUUCCUAGAGGUUGGAACGAUCACGUACAUGUUCUGGACACUGAAACCUUUACUUGGAGCCAGCCUAUAACCACGGGUAAAACUCCAUCGCCGCGAGCGGCUCAUGCCUGUGCUACAGUUGGGAACAGAGGCUACGUAUUCGGUGGCAGAUACAGAGAGUCCAGAAUGAAUGAUCUUUACUACCUAAAUCUGGAUACGUGGGAGUGGAAUGAAAUCAUCACGCAAGGCCUGUGCCCCGUAGGGCGAUCCUGGCAUUCCCUAACACCGAUUUCCUCGGAUCAUCUCUUCCUCUUUGGGGGAUUCACCACGGACAAGCAGCCCCUCAGUGACGCUUGGAUUUAUUGUAUCAGCAAGAAYGAAUGGAUACAGUUUGAGCACAACUACUCUGAAAAGCCAAGGUUGUGGCACACRGCCUGUGCCAGCGAAGAGGGAGAGGUGAUCGUGUUCGGGGGCUGUGCCAACAACUUGCUCGCCCAUUCCAAAGCGGCUCACAGCAACGAGAUACUGGUGUUUUCUCUGCAACCACGAUCCCUUGUAAGGCUGUGCCUCGAGGCCGUCAUCUGCUUCAAGGAGAUGCUGGCCAGCUCCUGGAACUGCCUCCCCAAGCACUUGCUGCACAGCGUCAACCAGCGCUUCGGCAGCAACAACACCUCGGGCUCCUGAGCGCGCGCGGCCCCGCCACGCUGCAAGAUGUAAUAAUUUUACCACGUGUGGCAAACAUUAAACUUGUAUAGAUUAACUAGUGUUAGCAGCGUAGGUAGUUGCUUCCUGCCUUUUAAGUUGCAUGUGAAUGGCCUAGAGAGAACCUAUUUUUGUGUAAAGAUGUUUGCAAUAAAUGUAUUUAAGGCGAGUGCAGCUGGAGCCUCCUGCUUGAGCUAGAACUGGCUCUGGGUUUGUCUAACUUGAAGGACAUGCGAGGGGCAGCCCCAGGCC